AUGGCAUCGCUCAGCUCAGCCUCCACGUACCGCGCCGAGCUCCUCAGCGCCUACGGGCAGGGGCACAGCGAGCCCCGCUUCGAGGGCGACCGGCGGCACGGACCCUCUGGGCCGCGGGGACAGGAGGCGUUUGGGUACCCAGAGUCCCCAGGUGCCAUGUACCCCUGCAGCCUGGGCACCUGGGUGCGUGCCCAGGGUGACACCUACCAAGUGGUGGCCGACGUCAGCCAGUUUGAGCCCCCUGACAUUGUGGUGACCACCUCCAACUGCCAUGUCACCAUCCAGGCAGAAAAGGUGGCUGCGGAUGGCACUGUCUGUGACACCUUCACGCACAAGUGCCAGCUGCCCGAAGACACAGACCCACUGUCGGUGAGCUGCACCCUCACCGAGGCUGGCACGCUGGUCAUUACUGUCCAGCGCCGCGCCACUGCUGCAGGGCAGCCCCCGCAGCUGCUGUACCGCAGUGAGGCCAUGCUGUGA